AUGAGCGAAGGAACCGCGAGGUGUAAUCUCAGCCAAUCAGAAAUAGUGAUAGGACGUAGUGGCGAUGACGUAGGAGUGACGACUGGUUUCCUGGUAACCUCUGAAACACUUGGAAGGAUGGCAAUGCAGAAGAACCAUAAGUCAAGAUCAAGCAAUAAUUUGGUGAUUACCUCAGCAGCAUUUCAAGACCACAUCAUACGGAACCUGCUGCAUCCGGAACUGUCGCUUUCAGUCCCUUUGUCUAGAUUCAUCAGAAAAGCACCUCUACCUCCCAGAGCAAGACAAAAAGUAAAAAGCCAACAAAUACCACAUGGGCAAGAGGAGAGAGAAUACGUACUGGACCCUGCUUCACCUCCUUUGACAUUAGCUCAGAAAUUAGGUUUGGUGGCUUCCCCUGGAAAAGGGUUGACAGAGGAUGAAUGGACCCAGGUCAAAGAGAGAUCUGUGCUGCAGCAGGACUCGGCACAACCAUGUGCAAUAUGCAAGGAGGAGUUCCGCCUUCAGGCUCAGGUAUUACUGUCUUGUUCUCAUGUCUUCCACCGAGCAUGCCUGCAGGCCUUUGAGAGGUUUUCUGGGAGGAAGACGUGCCCAAUGUGCAGAAGGGAGCAGUAUGAAACGCGUGUGAUCUAUGAUGCAUCUCGCCUUUUCAGACAUGCUUGUGCUACAAGGAUUCAGGCUUGCUGGCGUGGUUAUGUUGCUCGUAAAUGGUACAGAACAAUCAAGAAAACCAAGUGCCCAAAGGACAAAAAUCUAAGACGCAAAUUCUUAGAGGAAAGGUUGCAGGAGUUGAAUGACAGCUUUGUCCGAUACUGUCACACCGACACGGAGGCUUUUCUGAGUGAUAUCGACCGCUCUCUGUCAUCAAGCAGAAGAGUCUUCCAGCAACUGGAAAGAAAGAGCGUCUCUGAGCCGCGGGAGAAUGAAUGGGUCCAAAUAAAGAGCCAGGUCAUCCAGAGAGGUGUGUGGGAGUGCCCCAUCUGUCUGACUGCUCUGUGCCACCCAGCAGAGUCUUCAAAACUGGACCCUCAACAAGUUAGACACACUGUACUCCUAUCAUGCUCCCAUCUUUUCCACCAGCCUUGUCUGGAGGCCCUUGAAGCCUUUGCCACAGAUAGCAGACCUACAUGUCCAUUAUGCAGAUCUGCAUACUACAAAAAGCUCAUCUAACCGUUCUGUCAUUUAAUUUAGUAUGAGCAUGCCAUCCCUCACAUUAUUUUUGUUAAUCUCUGUCUACCAAGGACGAAAAAAUCUUAGUGUCUUGUUGAUGCCUGGCCCUUUCCAUUGUUAUGUAUGUAAUGUACCACGACAAGCUUUUGUUCGA